UAAAACAUUGAUUAAUCAAGUCACAAGGGUUUAAUGUUUAUAGUGUCUCCAGCUGAGGUUUAAACCAGAAUUUAUAUAAAAGUGUGUAACUUGGCCAAAUUCAAAUCAUGUAUUACGAUUGUAACUCUGGUGGAACAAUGGUGGACAGGAUGAACUUAUAAAUUGAAAGUAGUGUUAAGAAAGUAUACGCUAAAGAUAAUUAUCAGGACACAAACAAAAGAGAAAUCAUGGCAUUGUCAUCAAUGUCAUACUUUGCCGAUAUGGACAGAUUACGGUCCUGGUCAAGGCACAGUAACUACCAAACGCCGAAAAGUAUGAAAGAUGUCUGGAGAACCUCGUACCAAAACAGCUUUAACGGAAAGAAGAUAGGUUUUCACCCAGACAGAAUUAUAGUUGAUUAUUUCACCGGAAACAGAGAAAUAAUGCACAGUCCGAUGAGCAGACACAAACAGAAUAUGAAAACGUCAUUAAAUGGACGCGCGCGUGAAGGUUUCCGGUACUGGGUACUGGAUAAAGCCAAACCGUCACAGUUUGGAAAAUAUGGGACCGGGGCAUACAAAACUGUACUUGGAAUUGGUAACGCGCCCAGGACAUAGUCUGCUGAUAUGCUGAAUCAUUGUCGUCUGCAUUUUGACAUUAGCUCAUAUUUGUUGCACGUGAUUUUUCGAUUGCAUGUGCGUUCACGAUCUAUGAAAAACACUUUGUAAACAGAUUAUUACUGGAUCUUGCACGCGCAAUUCUAUAAAUUACAAAUGAUGACAAUUUUAAGUUUUAUGUUACAGAACAAAAUGCAAGAACAGUUAAAGUGAUGAAAACAUAUAAUAUUGAUUUUCCAGUAUAAUGUUAUGAAAUCAGUAUAUAUAUUGACACUAUA